UUUUUGCUUUUGCAGAGCUUCUGUAGGAACCGGAACCGGAACCGGAGUCCAGGGCGAUCAGGGAGUCAACAGAGAGUGAGUGAGCGUUGCAGAGACUGCAACGGAGAUACGGCUUGUCAUUCCGAUUGGGGGCACUGCAACGCUCUCUCCCCCACAUGAAACGCACGCACGCACGCACUUCGCAAUCGUCACAUGAGGCAGAAAACAUAUCGCGGAUAUCAACAAAACAAUGUCUACCUUAGCUCCCUAUUGGCCUAUCCUCACCUUUUCCAACACUGCGUCUGCAAUUGCAACAGUCUUGGCCUAUCGCGGCCGGGCGAACUGGGACCCUGUGGGAGAUGAUCGAGCUUCUUCUCCGCCGUCUGCAACGUUGCUCACCGAUACACUCCGUUCUUACGUGCAGUAAUUAACGAUGAUGACUGAGUCAUUGAUUGUAUCUAGAUCAUUAUGGUGAAUA